UGACCUUUAGCCUUAUAGUAACGUACCCCAUAUUUUUUUUUCUUGGCCUUGAAUAUAAUAAGCAAAAGGUAAAAUGAUCAGGGAGAUGGAGCAGAGCGGCGAGGCGAUUGAAGAGGUACGCUCACCUCAGUCUAAUUAGUUCGCUAGCUACUCGGAACAAAACUCUCUCUCCAACGCGGGAGCAGACGACAGGCAUUCUGAAGUCGCCGUCACGUUGUUGUGAACGCAAAAGCUGAAGCAGAGGAGGGCAAGGAUAGAGCAGUUAGUGGCGUUGCACUCGCGCUGCGCGGCAUUCUUCCUGGAAAGUUUGAUAGUCGACUUCUAUACUUUGGGUAUCUGGGAUAUACGAGGUUCAGCGGUUUUGGUCGGAAAUCUAGGAAAAAAAGAUUUGGUUUGGUUGAGUGGUGUUCUGAGCGAGAAAGCUUCCGUGCGGCUGGGGAAUUUUGGAUUUUGACUUAUUUAGAUCCUUUUUUUCUGUUAAGAAAUGAUUUGCUGGAGUUUUUGAUCUCUGGCGAAUAGAAGCUGGAGAUUUUGGGGGUUUUUGCUUGUUGGGGAUUUCUGUGGAAAUGAGGGAAAGAAGAGGCUUGGUGAUGAGUGUAAUCUUCGCUUGUGCUUCGCCAUGAAAGAUAUGAUAUUGCUUAGUUUGUGUUGAGAGAGAGGAGGUACUCAAGCUAGGUACAAUGGCUGCCUCCCCUCCUUCAUCUUCGGCAAUUCCACCCACUUCAGCAGGUGCUUCACCAUCGCAGCCAUCCCUUUCCCCGCCACCUCCAGCUCCAGGAACCGACUCCCAACCCAGUGCCUCAUCCGAUCCUCCUACAUCUUCUCCACCGCCAGUUUUGGUUGCUACUCCUCCUCCUACUUCUAGCCCUCCCCCACCCCUUCCUAGUUCUUCACCGCCGCCACCAGCGGUAUCUUCGCCCCCGCCGUCGAGCAACCCUGCUCCGCCACCAGCUUCCCCAUCCCAGCCGACUCCAACUGCACCGCCCCCUGCAUCAAUUUCCCCUCCACCCUCUACAGUGAUCCCUCCCCCAUCUUCUCAGCCCCCACCACCUGUAGCUGCAGUACCGCCUCCAUUGCCUUCUCAGGCUCAGCCACCACCACCUCCAUCUUCUACACCACCUGGAGGUUUAGCUCCCUCAUCACCUUCCACCAAACCACCACCUUCACCUUUACAACCAUCUCCACAAGACCCCCCUCCUUCUAGGUCUCCCUCUCCACCUUCUAAUCCCAAUCCAUCAGCACCACCACCAAAAGAUCAACCACCAACAGCCCCUUCUCCACCCUCCCCUUCUAAUCCCAAUCCAUCAGCACCACCACCAAAAGAUCAACCACCGACAGCCCCUUCUCCACCCUCCCCUCCUCCAAGCAAUUCCUCCAGUCAAGUACCAUCCAUCAAUCAGCCCACACCACCCUCUCCACCUUUGAGUUUUCCAACCCCUCCCAGCAAUUCUCCAAGCUCCCCCUCCCCAAAUUUGCCUGGCUCACCGGCUACUCCUGUUAGUCCUGGGAGAUCAAGUACACCAUCAGCAAAUGAUAAUAUAGGCUCUGGAAAUGGCAGAGCUGUUGGAGGUGGAAGCAAUACUGGGGUGAUUGUGCCUAUUGCUGUAGUAUCGGCAUUGGUUGUACUCAGUUUAAUAGGAGUUUCAGUAUGGUUCAUGAAUAAGCGUAAGAAGAAGUCUAGCGGAUAUGCUGCUGGUUUUGUCAUGCCCUCUCCAUCUUCACAAUUUUCAGCAGAGUCAUCGUACCAACGGUCCCCUUCAGCUCCUCUUGGCUAUCACAGCUUCGGAACUCAUGGAGGAUCUCCGGGUUCCUUGAACUCAAUGCAUGAGCAUAGUUUAGGCAAUUCAAAGUCAUGGUUUUCCUUUGAAGAGUUGCACAAAAUAACAAAUGGUUUUUCAGAGCAGAAUCUAUUGGGUGAAGGUGGUUUUGGUUGUGUAUACAAAGGUUGCUUACCUGAUGGUAGAGAUGUUGCAGUGAAGCAACUCAAAGUCGGCGGCUCUCAGGGAGAGCGAGAGUUCAGAGCAGAAGUUGAAAUAAUUAGCCGUGUUCAUCAUCGGCAUUUGGUUUCCUUAGUAGGGUACUGUAUAGCUGAAAAUCAAAGAUUGCUAGUCUAUGACUUUGUGCCUAACGAUACACUUCAUUAUCAUCUUCAUGGGCAAGGAAAACUGGUUAUGGACUGGACUGUCCGGGUUAAGGUUGCAGCCGGUGCAGCUCGUGGAAUUGCAUACUUGCAUGAGGAUUGUCAUCCCAGGAUUAUUCACCGAGAUAUAAAAUCGUCGAACAUUCUCAUAGACAACAAUUUUGAAGCUCAGGUUUCUGAUUUUGGUUUAGCAAGGCUUGCCAUGGAUGCUUGCACACAUGUAACCACAAGAGUGAUGGGAACAUUUGGGUACUUAGCUCCAGAGUAUGCAUCAACUGGCAAGCUAACUGAGAAAUCUGAUGUUUUCUCCUUUGGAGUUGUCCUUUUGGAGCUCAUUACUGGAAGGAAGCCUGUUGAUUCUUCCCAGCCUCUGGGAGAUGAAAGCCUUGUUGAAUGGGCUCGUCCUCUACUCUCAAACGCCCUUGAAUCUGGCGAUUUUGGAGCUCUGCCAGAUUCCAGGCUUGAGAAGAACUACAAUAUGAAGGAGAUGUUCCGAAUGAUCGAGGCCGCAGCGGCUUGCGUUCGCCAUUCGGGAUCAAUGAGACCUCGAAUGAGCCUGGUUGCGAGGGCUCUUGAUAUGUCAGCUGACAUUGACUUGAGCAAUGGCGUCCAACCCGGCCGAAGCGAACUAUUUAAUACAGGGCCACAUUCUGAGGAGAUCAGGAUGUUUCAAAGAAUGGCAUUUGGUAACCAGAACUAUAGCUCUGAUUUUACUCGUUCAAGCUUGAUGAUUGAUAGAGAUUUGUAGUGAGUAGAAUAAUUUUUUCUAUUUUUUUUUGUGAUAUAGCCCUUUUAUUUGUUACUUCUUCUUUUGGCUUUUGUAGCUAUUCUUUGAUGUAUGACUGGGAAUGUUUUCAGGAUUCCCCACACCCAAUGUAUCUGUGAUUAUCUUUUGGUAUCAAUUUUUUUUUGU